AUGGAGAUGGGAUUUGAAAUCAUCUUAUGCUCCGUGACGGAGGCGGAAUUAAGAUAUACCGGGGCCGUGGCCACGUCGAAGAUCAAGAAUGCCUUUGCCGCCUAUAAGGCGCUUUCGCAAAGAUUCUUUGGUAUCGGCGGUGGGAGAGUUGUCAUUGACUUUGACAACUUUGUCAUAACGCACCGCUGGGGAGAAUUAAAUGGCAAGAGCUUGAGAGCGCUGCGGUCAGAACUAGACGGGAUAGUCACGAACUACGCAAGCGGUCUACGACAAGACCGAUUGGCAGGCAGUCACUGA